AUGGCGGCCCUCCUGGUCCUCCUCCUCGCCAUCAUCGGCGGCUCCACUGCCGCCUCGUCUGCUGCCACGCCUGCCUUCUCUCCGAAAGACAACAUCCUCAUCGAUUGUGGAGCCAACUCCUUGGCCACCCUCCCCGAUGGAAGAAUCUUCAAGACCGACGUGAACUCUGCUGGAUACCUAGAUGCCAAGGACAACAUCCAAAUCUCGGUCCCUGCGGCCGAUGUCCCAUCGCCCAUUUAUCUGACAGCGCGGGUGUUCGACUCCGACGCCACAUAUUCCUUUCACCUGGGAAGCGCGGGGUGGCAUUGGAUUAGGCUCCAUUUCUUCCCCCUGAACAGCACCCAAUUCAAUCUCCAGACCGCAAUGUUCACCGUCACAACCAACGAUGUCGUGCUCUUGCACAGGUUCUCCGUAAAUAACAGUACUAACUACAUAAUCAAGGAGUAUCUGCUGAACGUGACCAACCCCCAGUUGACCCUGAAUUUUGCUCCUGUCAAGAACUCUGUGGCAUUCAUCAAUGCCAUCGAGGUGGUUUCUGCACCAGACUUCAUGAUCGCCAACAGCGGCACCUCACUCUUCCCUGUCACGGAAUACAAAGGUCUGAGCUUGUUCAAUUACCAGGUCGUGUACCGACUCAAUGUCGGGGGAUCCGUGAUCACUUCUCAGAACGACACGCUCGGAAGAUCCUGGGACAUGGAUACGCAGUUUCUCAAGGAAAAGUCCUUGGCUAAGCGCGUGUCCGUCCCUUCGUCCAUCGUCAAGUAUCCUGAUGAUUUUCCGAAGCUCAUUGCACCUGUCGCUGUGUAUGCAUCCGCCGUGGAGAUGGCCAAUGCCAAUGUCCAACAACCCAAUUUCAACAUCACGUGGAAUUUCAACGUCGAUACCGAUUUCGGAUACGUCGUGCGGUUGCAUUUUUGCGACGUUGUGAGCAAGUCCCUCAAUGACCUCUACUUCAAUGUCUAUAUCAACGGAAAGAUGGCGAUGUCGGGCCUCGAUUUGUCCAGCUUGACGGGCGGUUUGGCCAUUCCUUACUACAAGGACAUCGUCGUGAAUUCGACCCUGAUGGCCAGUGGCCUGAGCAUUCAGAUCGGCCCGAUGAAUGAAGACACGGGCACGGUGAAUGCAAUCUUGAACGGCGUGGAGAUUUUGAAAAUGAGCAACUCGGUGAACAGCUUGGAUGGAGAAUACGGAGUCGACGGAAAGAAGGACCCUAAAUCUACGAGUAACACGGUGGCGGCAGUCGGAUUCGCAAUGGCGUUCGGAGCAUUCAUUGGCCUCGGCGCGAUGGUCUUCAGGUGGCAUAAGAGGCCCCAAGACUGGCAAAAGAGGAACAGCUUCUCGUCCUGGUUGCUACCGCUCCAUGCCGGCGACGCGAGCUUCCUGUCCAGCAAGACUUCAAUGGGUUCUCACAAGACCAACUUCUACUCCUCCACCCUGGGAUUGGGCCGGUUCUUCUCGUUCGCGGAGAUACAAGAAGCGACCAAGAACUUCGACUCGAACUCCAUCAUCGGCGUCGGAGGUUUCGGCAAUGUCUACCUAGGAGAGAUCGACGACGGCACCAAAGUCGCGGUCAAGAGAGGGAAUCCGCAGUCAGAACAAGGAAUCAAUGAGUUCCAGACCGAAAUCCAGAUGCUGUCUAAGCUCAGGCACAGGCAUCUUGUGUCCCUGAUCGGUUAUUGUGAUGAGAACUCCGAGAUGAUCUUGGUCUAUGAGUACAUGUCCAAUGGCCAGAUCAGGGACCACCUUUACGGCAAGAACUUGCCGGCGUUGUCGUGGAAGCAAAGGCUCGAGAUCUGCAUUGGGGCAGCACGCGGGCUCCACUAUCUUCACACCGGCACCACCCAGGGGAUCAUCCACCGCGACGUCAAGACCACCAACAUUCUGCUCGACGACAACUUCAUCGCCAAGGUCGCGGAUUUCGGACUGUCAAAGGAUGCGCCCAUCGGGCAAGGUCACGUGAGCACGGCGGUGAAAGGAAGUUUCGGGUAUCUGGACCCUGAGUACUUCAGGAGGCAGCAGCUGACGGACAAGUCGGACGUGUACUCGUUCGGGGUGGUCCUGCUCGAGGUACUAUGCGCGAGGCCUGCCUUGAACCCUCAGCUUCCUAGGGAGCAGGUGAACUUGGCCGAGUGGGCGAUGCAGUGGAAGCGAAAGGGCUUGCUCGAGAAGAUCAUCGACCCUCUUCUCGUGGGGACCAUCAACCCCGAGUCGCUGAAGAAGUUCGCCGAGGCUGCGGAGAAAUGCUUGGCCGAACACGGCGUGGACAGGCCGACCAUGGGAGACGUCCUGUGGAACUUGGAGUACGCGCUGCAGCUGCAGGAGGCUUUCUCUCAGGGGAAGAACGAGGACGAGAGUAAAUCUUCCGCCGCCAUCGCCACCUCCCCAGCUGUCGUCGCACCGGCCGCUUCCCCAGCCGACAACCGCCCAGUCUCUCACCCGGAAGAGACCAGGGAUCGAGCUCAAGUCCAGGCCUUCAGCGAACACUCAGAAAAGGACAUGUUGCAACAGUUCGCUCUUAACGGAAGAUAAAAAAGUGCCGUGGCUAAAACUCGUUUGGAGGUAAAACUGGCAUUCCUGGCAAUUUGAAGAACUAUUUAUUGGAAUAUAUCGGGCUUUUAAAUACGCCAGCCAUGGCAUUGCUGUUCUCAGAACA